AACUGAUGGUUGUAUUUCACUGAUUCAUAUCAUACCCAGAUCCGCAGCGCCACACAGUGGAGAUUUGAAUAAGUGGACCUUUCUCGUUACCAAUGACAACUGUUCAAACAAACAUCCCAGCACUGAAAACAAACUUUAGCACAGAAAUCCAUGACACGAUCAUCAAUAGUUAGUUCCAGUUAACUCCUGUUUUUGGAAACAUGAGCUCACCGCUGUCCACCCUGAGGAAGAACAGACGAGCUCCUCUACCAGAGAUACAGAGUGAUGAUGGGGAAAGAAAGCCUUACAAAGAAAGGUCAGACACUGACUACGAGGCUACAUUAUUCCGAGACAUUUUCCCACAAAACCAGCAAGUGCCACACAUUAUGGACAAUCUUUCCACUGUAAGAUCAAAGAGCAUGCAAAAGAAGAAGGCAAAAGAAGCUCCACUGAGUGACUUCGAACUGAUGUCAAGUAUGAUGCAGAAGAUCGGUCAGCUUGAGAGAAAGGUCAAAUCUCAGGCUGUGGAUAUAGAGCAUAAAGCAAGAAGAAUAGCAGUUCUGGAAGAGAAACUCAAUCUUCUGCAAGAGGCAAAAGAGAAAUCUGCAAGUAAUGAGAACCAAGAUGAAGAAUUGGUUCAACUGUGCCUCAAGCUUCAAAACCAAGUGUGGGAAAUGGAGAAGUUUCUGAAUGAUUAUGGAAUGAUCUGGGUUGGAGGUUAUGCAGAACACGACGAGCAAGCUAACAGCCAACUUCCAGGAGUAACUUGCAUACGCAAGAGUUUCGAAAUGAACUAUGACCUUGUCGUGCAGAACAUCCAAGAACUGAACAUUGAAGCAGGGGAAGGGGAGUCUCAUGUGACUGCCAUUCCUGGUGGGGCCAAACUUACCCAGAAGUCUUCCAUACCUCUUUGGCUCUACAAAAAUGGCAUUGUCAUGUUCAGUGGUCCAUUCCGCUCCUAUCAAGACCCAACCACACAGGUUUGCAUGCAGGACUUGAUGGAUGGGUUUUUUCCUUCUGAGCUUCAGGAAAAGUUUCCUAAUGGUGUGCCCUUCCAGGUUCAUGACAAACGGGAUGAGGAGUUUGUAGUUAGGCGACCAUGGACUGAGUUUCCUGGAAGAGGACAAACUAUAGAUGGAGCAAGAAGGCAGUCGGUGGACAGAUCUGAGCAGACCAUCUCCACAGCACCAAAACAGAGUCAGAUACCAGGCAGAAAACUGUCAAUGGAACAGUUUCUGCGAAAACUCCCAGAGUCUGUGGUGAAGGCAGGCAAAGUGAUUAGUAUACGAGACUCAGUGAAGGCUCAUCUACAGGGCUUCCCUGAUGGUGCCAAUAGUCAUACAGCAACCACUGUGGAAACAUCUGCACUGGGGGCUUUGAGAGAACGUGAGACAGAUUUUACACUAUCUGCAAAAGACGUCACCACACUACGAGUGAAGUCGGAGGAUGGUAUGGAGACAUUUAUCAUGAAAAUGUACUUGACUGAGACUAUUGGAGAUCUCCGUCAUUACCUGGACAUAAAAAGAGGACCGGGUGCUGUGCCAUAUGACAUCAUUAGCGCAUUUCCACAGCGGUGCUACAGUGAUGACACCCAGACGCUACUGUCCUGUGGUCUGACUCCAAAUGCAGCACUGCUCCUGCGUCCACAAGCUUUAACUCACAGACAGUGUGGAGACACAUACAGAACAACCCAACUAUUCUCAUGUGAUGUUAAAUAACGUGCAAGCUUUAUCAUUAGCACACUUUCACAGCAUUGCCGUCUCACUCAUCAUGCAUAAACAAGUAUGAAUUUUUGGAAAUUGAUAAAUCAGUAGUGAAAUGUCUAAACAUCAAUAAAUAGAAAAAUCA